CGCUUGCGACUCGGCAGACGCUGGUCCCGAAUUGGCGAGCGGUCACAGGUCUAAUUCUGACCACGCGGCGCUCAACAGUAACAUAGGCAGCUACGAUCAGACCCUAAACUUAUAAUUGCUUGGAUAAAUUCUAGUCAGUCUAUCAGCUGUGGCGGUCACACCGAGCUGCUCCUGCGCGACCGCGGCACCGCCGCUGUUAUCAUUUGAUGCAUGUAUAUGCAAAUGCACAUAUCCAAUGAGUCUGUCAGGCGACGGAGCCGCCGCUGAGCAUAGAACUUGACCCGUCCUCCGAGCCCUUUUUUCAACACCGUGGGCUCCCCGAGUCUAGCGUCUUAUCAACCUUGGCGACGGAGGGCUUCUUAAAUCACGGCGGACUUCUCGGUGACUCCGCCCCAGCGAAGCGACCGUGGGCCUUUGCAUGGCAACCGUCACGCUGGGCCGCGAUACCGGAGACUCAGGAAGGACUCGAGCGGAAAGCGACUUGGGCGAUCGUGGCGCUGGAAAAAAGAGGAAACCGGAGCUUGCGGGCGCCAACAGUGGGAGCUCUGAUAGCUCGGCUGGUCAUCUAGCAGUGGCCAGCUCAGAGCGGUCGCCUCAGCGUGCCCGUGCCACUCCGGGACUUGCGAUGUCCGCAUCACUCCUGUUAGUAAAGGAGGACCCAACCGAGGAGGAGGAGGAGCAGGAGCAGGGGCAGAAUUGUGAACUAGAUGAGCCGCCGCCGCCGCAGCAGCAGCAGCAGCAGCCUCAACAGCAGCCAGCAGCAGCCGCCGCGACUGGCGGCACUCUCGCGGCACUCAGCGGCUCUGUGCACGCCACCUCCCUGCGCAACUCCACCUCCGUACCGGGCGUCGCCAUCACCGUGCAGUCGCGGUCCCUGGGCGCGCCCAUUCCGGUGCAAGUGCUCGCAGCGCGCAGCGCCGCCGCCGCCGCCAGCGGCGGCGGCAAGCCGCCCAGCCACAGUGGGCUUGGCGGCUACCCGCCGGGCUCGCCCCGUGAGGACUAUGACAACGGCCGCGCGCCCAGGGGGCUCGGCGACGGCGGCAGUGGUUGGGAGGCGGGCGGCGCGUACGGCGGCGGUGGCGGCGACCCCAUGGCGUGGCGCAAUGCGGCUGCGGCUGCGGCCGCUGAGGCGGGCGAGGCCGAGUUCGACAUGUCCACGCUGCCCGCGGUGCUGCCGCCGCCGGUGGAGGUGACGGUGGCAGUGCGCGUGGGCAGCGGCGACGAGCCGCCUCGCGGCCCCGGUGGCGGCUACGUGAAGGGCCACGCGGUGGGUCUGUUCCAGCCGCAGCUGUACCUGGCGCGCAUGGACUGCAUCCGGUACAAGGGCAUCAACGUUAGCCGCAGCAACUUUGAAAAGGUGGGCGGCAGCAACAUGGCCAAGUGGUAUCGCUCCAUCCGCGUCAUGCCCGACCUGGAGCCGCUGGGCGAGUGGCUGGAGCGCCACGGCCUGCCCGUGCUCAAGGGCGCCGCGCGCCGCAGCCGCCCGCGCCGCGUUGUGCUGGCGAACGCGGCAGCGGCGGCGGCAGCAGCCACCGGCCUCGCCGCCUCUGGCUCCGACUCGCACGGCCGGGGCUCUCCAGGCACGUCGGCGCUGGCGGCGGGCGCAGGAGGUGGCGCGGGCGCGGGGGCGGGGGCCAAUGGCUUUGGUCGGGGCGGCGUGGGCGCUGCGGCGGACCGCAGCCGCAGCAAGGGCUCGGCACCGGCGUCGCUGCUGGCCAAGAGGAAGGCGGCGGGUGGCGGCGGCUCCUCAAGCGGCGAGGAUGGCGACGGAGACGGAGACGGGCCUUGGCCGCCGCGCUCUCCACGUGACCGCCUGCCGCCGCAGCAGCAGUCGCAGGGUUCCGGGGCCAUGCAGCCGCAGCUGUCCGAGCUGCGGACGGCUGGCGAGCAGGAGCGGCUCUUGCGGCGCGUGUUGCUGGGGGAUGGCAACGGUGCCGCUGGUGCUGACGGCGCGGCGGGCAGCCAGGGCGGCGCCGCGGGUGGCGCCGGCGGCGCCAUCAACAGCAGCUUGCUGCAGCUACAGCAAAAGCAGCAGCGCUUUCAGCAAAUGCAGGUGCAGCUGGAGCAGCAGCGGCUGGAGCCAUGGCUUGAGCGGGGCCGGGGGCAAGGCUCGGCAGCCGGGGCACCGGGCGGCGGCGGUGUCGAGAUGCGGCUGGCAGUCGACCGCCUAGCCGGUGGCGCCGCCGGUGCCUUUGCGCGCGGCCUGGGCGGGUCCGGCGCCACUGCUGCUCUGAACGUGGGCCGUGACCAUGAGCGUGCGGCGGCUGGGCGAGACGACCGCGCGGAGGCGCAGGCGGACCUUGAUGAUGACGAGGCCGAGGGCACCGCUGCGCUUAUUAGCCUGGCAGCGGCUGCCGCCGGCGCAGGAGGCGGUGGCGGCAGCGGCAGCCUCGGCACCGCAGAUGCGGUGGCGGCGGCGCUGCUGCAGCGCGCCGCGGCGGGCGGCGGCGGCCGCUGCCAGGUAGACGUGCUUGCGUCCCUGCGGCAGCUGCGUGCUGUGGCGGUGGAGUCAGGUGCUGCGGGCGGGGCGCUGUCCCGCGAGCGCUUGGGUGCCGAGGAGCGCGAGCCGGACGCAGCUCGGGGCUUCACAGCCCGGGACCUGUUGCGCGACCUUCGCGACACGCGAGGAGACGCCGCCGCUGCCGCGGCCAUCUUGGACGGCGCAGGCGGGCCGGAGCAGCUCAGCCGCGACGGCCGCGCCGUAAGCACCGCUGCUGCUGUAGCUGCUUUGGAACGCAUUGCGGUGCUGGAGCAGCAGCAGCAACGGGAGCGCGAGCGCGAGCGGGAGCGCGAACGCGAACGUGAGCGGGACCGCGAACGCGAGCGGGAGAGGGAGCGGGAACGCGAGCGGGAGCGGGAGAGGGAGCUUACUGCCUUGGCUGCGGCUGGCGCCGGUACUGACGAGGACGAGCUCGAUGACUCACAGCUACGGCUGCUGCUGUUGUCCGCCGGCGGGCUGUCGCCGCUGCUGCUGGCUGUGCGCAUGGAGCAGCUGCAGCUGCAGCGCCGGCUGCGGCAGCUGCAGCGCAUGCAGUCGCGGCUACUGGCGCUGUGCCCCGGGUCGGCAGCGGAAGGGCUGCUCGGGCUAGGCGGCGGCGACCGCAGAGGGCUUGGCGGCGGCGGGCCAGGUGACCGCCUGGGGAUGACGCCGCCGCUGGAGGCCACGCCGCCGCUGCCGGCCAUGCAUGCGGCCGGCUUGUCGGGCGGCGACGCACUUUACCUCAAUCUUAUGGGUGUUGCCGGCGGCGGCCGGGGGCCGAAUGGUGGUGGUGGUGGCGGUGGUUCACUGCCUCCGCUACGCAUGGGCUCGGGCUCCCGUGGGGCUAUUGCAUCAGGCGGUGGCCGUGAUGGCGGCGCCCGCGAUAUGGCGCUGGAGGGGCCGGGUGUGGCGGAGGCGCUCAUAUCCAAGCUGGCGGCGGCAGCAGCCCAGGGCGCCGACGUGUCAGGCGUCGUGGCGGCGCUGGGGCUUGGCGGCGGCGGCUCUGGUGGCGGCGGCGGCGCAGGCGGCAAUGCUGAUUCAGAGGCUCAGCUGAGACAGGCGCUGGCUGAGCUGCUGAUCCGCAAUACGCGGAUGGAGCAGCUUGGCGGGCCCGGGAAUAGCAAUGGUGGAGGCGGUGGAGGCACGGGUGGUCCUCUGCGCGGCGCGGCGGGCGGUGGCGUGCUGGGUGCUUCGCGCGCGGGCGUGCAUCCAUACGGCGGUGGACGCACAGGCGGAGGUGGAGGCGGAGGCGACCGGUAUGAGCGGGAGCUGCAGCUGGGGGGUCGCGGCGGCCCCAGCGGUGACAGGCUGUGACGUUUGAGUUGUGACCUACGGCCAAAUGUCGAUUAGUGCAUCUCCCUAUGUGUGGUCGUGUGGCCUAGGGCUGUUCUGUCCUUUGUAUCUUCCGGUGCACUACGAGAACGCGCUGCUACUGACGCGCGGGAGCUGGUUGGGUUGGGAGACUUCUGUGCCGAGUGGAGGGCUUGGCUGUGCAGGCUUGAGUGCAGUUUGGGUAUGAGUGCAUGCAGAUGUGCAGUUCUUGGCGAACAUCACGGGUAUCAAGGCAUGAGGCACGAAACAGGGUUGCGGCUAACACAGCUCUCCCCAGCACUUUGUCAUGACCGCGUGUGGGGAUGGUGUACGGAUGGGGUCGUGGGCGGUGGAAUUCACUCAUGCACUACCUUACAAGGCGGGCCGUUGAAACGGAUUGGCCCAACUGGUUUUGGGUUGACCGAUUGGCCGCGACUACAAAUGACCGUGACCUGUGAUUACGGAGUGGCGAACUAGCACAGUAAUAGGGCUGCGAGUACGGCAGCAAGUGAAAUGAACGCAUGUGCUGUACGGGCUAGAUGUUGGAUGGGGCUCAAUGCAUUGCGGGGUAACUACUACGGGAAAGGCUCUUGGUCAAGCCUUGUUGGUGAUGAUGCUGGUGUGUGCAUGAUCGCUACAGUAUGCGGUGGCCAUGCAGCCGCAGGCGUGCAAGCGGGCAAAUGCUGGGGAUGCGGGCUGGAGCGCCGUCUAUUAAUGUUUGCACACGACCGCAGUUGCUGUAAAGCACUGCGGGCUGGUGUUGCCAAUGAUGUAGCGCCAUGGUUAGGCCAGGUAACUCUACUGGACAUGAUAACAUGACAACGGGGGGAGCUGCCAUCAACCCAUGUUAGGCAGCGCAGCCAAAUGUUCUUCAUACAUGCCGGCGGUUUGGGGUUGUGCUAUGAAUGAUACGUACAUGAUCAACCUUUCGGCGGGCGACCUGUUGAUUUGGUGAUGCCAUGGCAUGGCCACGUGCGAUGCUAAACCAGGUGGUGUCAAGGUAGUGUGUGAGGGCGUCAACUGCGGAGUAUCCGGGGUUGACGCAAGGACAUGAAAUGCAUUGCGUGACCUGGGGGCAGGCCUUCGUACAGCUUCUUUUAUUGAUGCACACGAGACGUUGGGAAUGAAUGAUGGGGAAUGGAAUGACGCGUGAGAGAUUGCGGUGCCAGCAGGCGCACCCGGUUUCCUGGACUGUCGACACUGUGCAUCGGGGCAUAGCGGCUAAGCUUUGAGGUAUCGGAAGGGGAAAGCUCAGGUAGGGAGCAUGUCAACGUGACCAUGUAAGCGGCCAAUGCGCUUAUAUUUACACAGAUCGUGUGCCUGCAAUUAUGGCAGGGCGCGGUGGAGGUGUGCAGAGGCUGGCGUCCUGCACCAGCUGUAACUCGGCUUUGUU